UAUAUGUUAUCUCCCGAGAAUAAUUUCAUUCAGUAAUAGACGAAUGAUUGAACAAGUGACUUCGUGCCAAGAAAUAUACACCCGUACUACAGUGGACCAUUGAGAAAUAAGCAUCAUGUCUUCCAGAACUGUAACAUUUUUACUAGUUACCAUGGCUUUCGCGAAGUCCAUUCAGCAGGAUACGGUUGAUGGUGGGUGGACCUCAUGGUCUAACGCUUCUUGUUCAGUAACUUGUGGUACAGGCUCAAUAAUACGGCUCCGAUUCUGUACAAACCCAGAGCCAAAAAAUGGAGGAAAGACUUGUGAUGGACUACCUUUUGAACGAACAGAGUGCACGAAAGGCCCAUGUCCAAUAAAUGGCGGAUGGUCGCCAUGGACACCAUAUUCAAACUGUACCGCGACGUGUGGACAGGCUUUCCACACCUCCACCAGGAAAUGUAACAAUCCGCCUCCACAAUAUGGCGGCAGGCCUUGUGAGGGGAACGACACAGAUACAGAACUUUGUAGGGAACUUCCGCUUUGUGCAGUCGACGGACAGUGGGGUAGUUGGUCAGCAUACGGUGAAUGUUCAGUGAAAUGUGGUAAUGGAACAAAGACCAGAAUGCGCACAUGCAAUAACCCCUCUCCGCAAUACGGGGGUUUGAAUUGCGCGGGAAACUCGAACCAAUCUAUAACCUGUACAGCGAAUAAGUGUCCAGUUGAUGGAGGUUGGAGCGCUUGGAUGUCAGCCGGAAGUAAAUGCUCCGUACCAUGUGGGCACGGAUCAAAAAUAAGAAUCCGCUCAUGCAACAAUCCUGCUCCAGAAAAUGGCGGUCGUGACUGCCCAGGACAAACUUUUGAAUCUACUUUCUGUAUGCUGAAAGAAUGUCCUGUAAAUGGUGGGUGGACGCCUUGGACACCAUAUUCAAUAUGCACGGCAACAUGUGGCGUUGGGUACCAGACGUCUACAAGAACAUGCACAAAUCCGGUACCAAAGGCUGGCGGUUUACCAUGCCCUGGGGAGAGCAAGGACACUCGAAAAUGUCGUGAUCUUCCUUUAUGUCCGGUUAAUGGACAUUGGAGCACAUGGUCGCCAUUUUCUGAAUGUUCGGUCACAUGUGGUAACGGUAUAAGAAAUCGAACACGUUCCUGUACCAACCCCGCCCCUCAGAAUGGAGGUUCUGAAUGCAAUGGUUCAAACACGGACACUGCAAGCUGUAAAGCAGGCAUCUGUUUAGAAACAACUACGCUUUCGCCCACAACACGACCACUUCUAACAGACCUACCUACUACAUCAAACAGCGAGAAGGUUGAUGGUGGAUGGACCUCAUGGUCUAGCGCUUCUUGUUCAGUAACUUGUGGUACAGGCUCAAUAAUACGGCUCCGAUUCUGUAAAAACCCAAAGCCAAAAAAUGGAGGAAAGACUUGUGAAGGACUACCUUUUGAACGAACAGAGUGCACGAAAGGCCUAUGUCCAAUAAAUGGCGGAUGGUCGCCAUGGACACCAUAUUCAGUCUGCACCGCCACGUGUGGAGAGGCUUCCCACACCUCCACUAGGAAAUGUAACAAUCCGCCUCCACAAUAUGGCGGCAAGCCUUGUGAGGGCAACGACACAGAUAUACAACCUUGUAGGGAACUCCCUCUCUGUAUAAGUAAAACAACGGAGAGCACGGACGCCAGAUCAACCUCAGACCAUCAAACGAUUGUUACAUUGACUCCGCCCGUAUCAACCACCAAGCAAUCAACAACGGCGUUUGAAACAACCACUGCAUCCAACCCAGAUACCACCCUAAAGAACACCCACUCACAAGUGACCACAGAAAUCCUAACCUCAGAACUCAAUCAUGAACCAACAACCGUUCAACGAGUUACGACAGAAAAUAUAAUUCCCAAAUCUACUUAUGAAACCACAAAGCAACAUGUGUCAGAGUCCCGGACCACAUUGCCGACAAUAGUUCAAACUUCCCCAGAUGCACACAUAAGGCCCCAGAUAGGUGUCGUCGUCGUUUCGUUUGCUGUCUACAUUGAUAAAAGUUUCGAUGACAAAUUACUGGAUCAGACAACAACAUUGUACAAAGAGACGGAGAAAACUGUCCAAGAAGUGCUUAUUCAACGGUUCAAAAACACCCCUGGCUUCCUGAUGGUUACAAUAAAUAGUUUCAGCUAUGGAAGCAUUCGAGUGAACUAUUCUGUGAAUCUGGACGGGACAGUUUUGUCAACGAAAGAAUCCGUUGAUCAUGUUGAAGAUCAGUUACUGUCGAAAGCCACCAAAUGGGAUCCCAACGAGCCCGUCAUUCUUGGUUCCCCUGUCAAUGUCAAAAAAACCACUAAAGAUGUUAAGAAACGAGAAAUUUCAGAUGUGUUGGUAAACGAGCGGAGUAAAGUUUGUACUUGUCCUAGCUCUGACUAUAAAUGUGACUUUAGUCAGGGACUAGCUCAGUGUAAAAACCUGUGUAUGGAGCUCAAAUGUGGUAAACAUGGAACCUGCUUUGUCGAUUCAAAGACAAAACUACCCAAGUGCUUCUGUCAGCAAUCCAAAGACUCAAAAACUGUAUAUCUGGGAACAAAUUGUGAAAAAACGAAGAAGAUAGCAGACAAAGAACUUGUAUCAGAUGAACCAAACAACAUGACGGUCAUUGGAAUCACCGCGGGAGUCGGCGGGGGACUGGUUAUUUUUUUUCUCAGUGCCAUAAUCUGUGUCUGUAGAAAAGUCCAACAACAAAAGAGUCUUAUUGAAAGUUCUGUAUCUUAUAGCAACCGGAGUUCUCUCGAUCAUCUUGAUAAUCUAGAGGGCAAUACAAUUUCCAAACAAAACGUGUAUGUCGAUUCGAACACUACACAUAAUCCUCUUUAUAAAGAAGAUGAAGAUGGCAAAUUAAAGACCAACUCGGAACAAAUAGUGAGAAUAUUUCUGCACGUGGGACCGGAAAAAGACAGAAGUAUGAGUCUGCGCAGCUUAGCAUCUGUCCAUACCAAUGGUGAAGAACAGCAUGUUUACAUGGAGGGUGAUCAUGUUGCGCAAAGAGAUAGCAUUGUCCAAGGCUCACCAGAGAGACAGUCAACAACUUACACUGAAAACGUGGUUGACUUGUGUACAUCUUACACGGAGUCUUCAAAGCACCCCGAACAAGAGGAUCGUUCGUGAAAUCACGUGGUCAAGGAUACAAAUAAACUUCGUCCAAUUUAUUUUAUGUCAAUAAGGCUUUUAAAUCGUCUAUGAAUUGUUUAAAACUGUGCACUGAAAUAAGCUUAGUGUUGUGGUGUGUCUUGUUCUAUCCAGUAAUGAAUCACACGCUUAUAUUACGAUGCUUUCACCCUUUUUUACACGUGCUGGUCGCAUUGUUGGUGCUAAUAUAUUUAUAUUUUUAUAUGAAUUUUACAACUAUAUAGUGCAUUUCACCUUACAAAUCAAAGGGUGAGAUAGAGUAACUAGUUUAUACUGACUGUGUGUGUGUGAGAGAGAGAGAGAGAGAGAGAGAGAGAGAGAGAGAGAGAGAGAGAGAGUAACUACUUUAUACUGACUGUGAGAUUGUACACCCCUCUUAUAUUUUUAUUUAUAUUAAUGUUGCUUGAUACAGUGUAACUUGCGUAUCAGUGGAAUAUGUUUGUGUUAUGAUAUAACGCCUUGAUUCUUAAGUUAUGAUAUAGUAAGAAUGUGAAAAGAAGUUUUAUCAAAAUACUUGUCCUGUAUGUUAUGUCAAUGGAUAUGAGGGCCUAUCUAUGACUUGUGAUUCCUAGGGCUGUUUUAUAGUCUCCAUCACAACCCCCACAAACGAGGGUUUAGGGAAGGUAUAUUGGAAUCGGCAUGUCCGUCCGUUUGUAUGUCUGUUUUCCUGCAAACAAGACUGUCUGGACAUGUUAUCAGAAGCUAGCGCAUGGAUUUUUCUGAAAAUUUGUCCAUUCUUUAUUCAUUUUAUCAAAGUGUGUGUGUGAAAUUUUCAUUAUGAUUGGGCAAUUUUUCUUCAUUUUACAGGUGUUUGUAUGAUUUAAUGGACUUGGUCAUUUUGCUGUAGAUCUUGUAACGACUGUUCUUUCGUAGAGUUAUUUUUUUUAAAUUUCCUUUGUUGAUGUCAGCAUUAUGAACCCUAUAGAUUUAUAUAAUAGAUGACCAUUCCAAUUACAUUUUGUCUGUCAAAGACGACAUUGUAAACAAACUCCUGAGCUAUAAAGUACUGCUAGUGACUAAUAACAUUCUUUUCUUUAAAAAACAACCCAGCAGGGGCACAAUGUUUAGUCCAUCUCUGGAUAGUUCUAGUUCAUGAUCAAAUUAUUAAUAAUGGAGAAAAACACUGCACUGCUUAUAUGUGUGUACAUGCUGUAGCUAGAUGUUUUGUGCAAUUUUCACAUUUCUUAUAUAAAAACAAACCAAAAAUCCAAAGCGUGCAAUCUUUUUAUUAAAAACUUCUUCAUGUUAAAACCAAAUCAUUGCAGCAUAACACACACACACACACACACACACACACAGAGAGAGAUAUCCAAACUCUUUUGAAAAACAAAAUCUUUAUACGCACCAGAUUUUACAAUAUCUUGAUUGCAUACACAAAUUUUAUCGGUACAUUGUUCGCAACUUGUAUAAACUGAUAUAGGUACAUGUAACUACAUUUUCUGAAGCAAUUUCUAAUGACUUGCUCAUAUUUCACAACUUGAGUGCAUUAUUUUGUAUUUUUGUUAACCUUUUUAAUAAAUAAAUUAAAAAUAUC